CCGCGCAUGCGCAGAGUGAGCGCGCGGAAUCGGAGGAGUGUAGUGACGUAAGAGCAGCGUGUAGUAGAUAGGUGGUAGCCGGAGAAGUUUGACUAUUUUUGUUUUAUAUUCAAAGUAAAAACAAUCAUUCACAUUCGCGGGUAAUAUGUGGAAUCAAGGUAAAUAUGGUGAGGCCAGUAUGGCUGGAUACACACAGUCUCCAGGAGGAUUUGGAUCUCCAGCUGCAUCCCAGGGAGGUGACAAGAAAGGGAGAACACGAGCACAGCAGAUUGUUCCCUGUACAGUGUCUCAGCUGAUGUCUGCUGUACAGGCAGAGGAUGUCUUCAAAGUGGGAGAGGUCGAGAUUGCGCAGGUAACAAUUGUUGGAGUUAUUGGAGGCGCUGACAAAUCCACUAUCAACAUCCAAUACAAAGUGGAUGAUAUGACAGCAGCUCCUAUGGAUGUGAAGCAGUGGAUAGAUACAGAGGACAUGGGUGUGGAAAACUCGGUCAUUCCUCCUGGCACUUACGUCAAAGUCUCUGGCAACCUGCGCUCUUUUCAGAAUAAUAGAUCUUUGGUUGCGUUUUGCGUGAGACCUCUGGAGGAUAUGAACGAAGUUACUUCACACAUGCUGGAGGUUGUGCACGCUCACAUGCUACAGAGCAAACCACAGGCCAUGACGGGAGGUGGCGGAGGGACAAGCAUGAUGUCUAUGUCACAUACGAGCAUGGGUAGCACAGGAUCAUCAGGAGGCUAUUCUGGUGCAAAUAUGAUGCUCAUAAAUGGAUUGAGCGCUAACCAGAACCAAGUUUUGGCUUUGAUCAAAAGCUGUAAUGAGCCUCAAGGCAUCAGCAUGCAGGACCUAAAGCAGAGGCUCAGUAGCAUGAGCAUCAAUGUUAUCAGGCAGGUUGUGGAUUUUCUCAGCAACGAGGGACACAUUUUCUCCACCAUUGAUGAGGACCAUUUUAGAUCAACAGACAAUGAAGUCUAACUACCAUCUUGUCAAAUGUAGAUAUUAGAGUUUGCCCCAGUGUUUUCUUGCCAAAAUUGCCAGUUUAACCACAAAGACAAUGUUAAGUUCUGUUGGCCCAUUUAUGUUAAUGUAAUAAGCCAUGUUGAUGUUGCAAGUUUGUUUUUCAGUAACCAAGCCACAUCUUUUCAGUAGGUUUUUGUAUCUUUAAUAAGUGUAAAAAACAUUGUAAAUGUACAUUUGUUAAGCUUUCCUUUGUUACAACAUUAAAAAAUUGAAUUUCA